GGGCAAGGGAAAGUAUUUUAGAAAAUAUGAAUGGAUCAACUAUUGACGAGCAAGAAUUACUGACUGAGGUUCCUCCAGAACUCAAACGGCUCUGUAAAAAGGUCGUGCGAGGGUUCUACGAGAGUGAACACGUGGCUAUUAUCAAUGUAUUAACUAACUCGCAAUAUCCAUGUUUACAUGAAGACGAUUUGAUCCGACUGCUUAGCUUUGACAAGAAGCAGCUUCGCCAAAGUUUGGUACGUUUAAAGAAUGAAAAACUCAUAAAGCAAAGAGUUCACAAGGAAAAGAAUCCAGAAACAGGGGCUCUCAUUAGUUUCAACUACUACUUUAUUAACUACAAGGUGUUUGUAAAUGUUGUUAAAUACAAGCUUGACCACGUGAGGAAGAAGAUUGAAAGCGAAGAAAAGCAAGCCAAAAAUCGUCCGUCAUUUCUAUGCACACAGUGCUCGAAAAAGUAUUCUGAUCUAGAGGUUGAUCGCUUGUUCGAUUUAGAGACAGGUCAAUUAAAGUGCACUCUCUGCGAGGGACUUGUGGAAGAAGAUUCUGCCAUGAUUAAACAAAGUAAUACAUCACGAACCAAUUUGGCUCGCUUUAAUGAACAAAUGGAGCCAGUUUUUCAACUGCUGAGGGAAUGCGAACACAUCAAUCUGGCGCCAGCCAUUCUAGAGCCAGAACCACAGGCUGCCCAGUUUACUGGUGGGAGCCAUGUGUCUCGCCCAUCAGGUCACCGUGGGAGUAAACCAUCUUGGGCAAAUGAUGCAGCAGGAGGUAGUGAUGUUAGUGGACCAGGUAUCAAGAUAGACAUCAUGGGAGAGAAGGGUGAUGAAGAUUUAGGAAAUGUUAAACCACGGACUAAAGAGGCACCAAUAUGGAUUACACAGAGCACAGUAUUACCAGCUUCAGGUGCUAAGAACGAGACAGUUGCUAGUGGACAAACCCAUCCUGGUGAAUUACAGAACAAAAAACGGAUUGGUUCUGGUAAAGAUGAUGAAAUCCUUGCUGAAUUAUUAGUGCAUGAGUCAGUGAACAAGAAACCACGCCUAGACAUCAAUGAAGCCCUUGGUGAGGGGGGAGAUGAUGAUAGUGACUCUGGAAGUGAUGAAUCAGACUUUGAGACACCAACUCCAGGGCCUGCCACAAAAGAAAGUGAAGUAACAGAAUCCAUGGAGAUUCACUCAGAAAGUGAUCAGGAGGAUGAAGAAGCACAUGAAAUUAAAAUAGGAGACAAAAUGGUGCCAGUGCAUGAUGUUACUGAGGAAAUGUUAAAACAAAUGACACCAGAUGAACAUGAGGCAUACACCAAAACACUACAGCAUGUUUAUAGCCAGUUAUAUUAGUACUCAUGUAUGAAUAUUUACACAGAAACAGUGUAUAUGGCAGUCAGUAUCAUGACUAAGGUACACUGACAAAUACAAGUGUUAGUAGUUGUAAAGCAUUUCUUUUGUUAAAGUGAUUCAGAGAAUAUAUAAUCUAUCAGACAGUGUCAAAUUGUUACAUUGUUUAAUUUUCAAAGUAAUUUUAAGCUCAAGAUACAACACAAGUACUGGUAUUUGCAACUGCAAGUCACUGAUUAAAACAAGUGUCAAUUUCCUGUAAUGAGUACAGCAGCCUCUUAUUAUUCAAGGACACCCUGGGGAGGGAGAUUUAGUGUCCACAAUGGCCAGAGUUUGUAAUAGCUGACACUCUAAACACAUGAAAUAAUGUGUGACUAAACAAAUAUAAGGCUGUGAAAAGAUUUGGCCACAAGCAGGAAAUACUCAUGUUCACACCUAAUUGAAGAAUGGUUUCUUAUUUUUCUUUGUUGUAAUGUU